AUGUUAUCGCUACUUCUCAAGCGUGUCAUAUCUUUGGCUCCAUCUACUCGCUGCUAUUCGUCCCAUACGACGCUAUGGGAUCUCUUUCCAUCAACAAAGGCACGUACAAAGCCUGAGGCUCUACCGUACAUGAUGAACAUGAAAGACAAUUUGGAAUUUGCUCUCGAGCGUAUGCGUCUUAUUGGAGGACCUGUGGCUCUACAGCUGAUUCAUCCUAGUGUAUCUCGACCAAAGAAGGCAAAUCCUUGCAAACGACCUUGCUCGCAUUACCGCCGACGCUUGAAACGAUAUGGGCGUCGCUUUAACAAAUAG